AUGGAGACGCUUCGAAAGAUCACGCACCGCGCAAGCUAUCGACUUGUUCCUCCUAUCGGAGGCAAGGAGUUACUUGAGGAUGUCACGGCUGCCUAUCAGUUUGCUAGGAAGCUGGGUGCUGGUGUAGAGAGACGAGUCAUAGUUGGCGGAGCUAGUGCCGGGCUGUUCAUGGCAAGCUUAGUUCCUCACCACCUUCAACCUCCACCGUUAGCUUUGUUUUCUAUCAGUGGAAUCGCCACGUUCCACCACCCCUUCUUCCAUUCAUCAACUCAACUCACGCCAAAUCCGAUCCCAACAAGUGAUGUGGAACGCUUCUUCAACGGUCCACUGAUCGUUGGAUCCGCCCCGGACUAUGAUCCCUGGACCUUCUCUCCCGCGAUGCUACUACGAUCAUCUGCGGCUAAGAAUCCGGAAUAUGUUCACGCAGAGCGCCCUGCAGAGAUACCUGCGACUCACAAGGAAAUCGAGAUACGUGACACUCUUUAUGACUAUUUCCUCUAUCAGAACGCAAUUGAAGGUAUAGUGGGCGAUGUUGAUCCCGGGUUUGACUGGGCUUUGGAGAAGGGCCAGAAGUGGAAGGCUUGGCCUGUGACUAUUUACAUCCAAGGAGAUGCUGAUGUGGAUGUCGACAAGGAUGUGUGUGUCUCGGCAGCAAGUAAGCUUGGCGAGAAGGCGAGAUUUUUCAUGGCUGAUGGACAGCCCCAUUUGUUUGAGGCGCGCAGUUUUCUGGAAGAGGAGAGUCCGGCGAUGGACGUGGUACGAGCAGCAAUUGCUGAGUUGAAAAGGGUUGUUAGUCAAGCUUAG